AGUAUAUUGAGAAGAUAAAUACUAGUUCUUGCAUGUGUAACCCGGAGGUAUGAUGAAUCAAGCAGUCAAGCACAUCCAGACGACGGCUCGUUAGGCUACUCCAGUCUCAUAUUUUCUUAAUUUUCUUACUCAUUUCUUGGAGUGGAGCAGCAAUGUCAGAAGAUGAACAGCAUACUCAAAGCGAGCAGCAGGAGGGGGGGGAGGAGGCGACAGCAGCAGGACAAGAGACCCCCCAGGUGAAUGGUGUUGAAGCCCUUAAGUCUCAUGUUUUGCAGCACAAGGUGGACACAGCACUAUGGGCUACACGAGCACUCACCCUCAUCUUCUGCAUAUCCUACCUUAUACCAAUUUUUGGGAAUCCUCACAGUAGUUACCAGAAAGUAUUGAUGAGUAAUGCUGCUACAUCUGCCCUGAGACUUCACCAGCGAAUCCCAUCAGUCCAAUUCUCACGAGAGUUCUUUGCUCAGCUGUUGAUGGAAGACUCGGCACACUAUCUUCUCUAUUCUCUGAUCUUCAUGUAUACAGCUCCAAUCACAAUGGUCUUGGCCCCAAUAUUCCUGUUUGCUCUGUUGCACUUUGCCAGCUACUCUCUAGGACUUUUAGAUGUCAUGGGCCAGUACAAUGCCUUGGGAUCACGGUUUCUCAUCUCACUGGUAGAGUUUCAGCACAGAAACAUUCUUCGUGGAGCUGCAUUUGUGGAGAUAUUUCUCAUGCCCCUCUGCAUCCUACUACUAUUUCUUGGCAGAGUUAAUUUGUUGACGCCAUUCGUGUACUACCGAUUUCUGACUCUAAGAUACUCAUCACGGCGUAAUCCUUAUACUCGCAACAUGUUCCAUGAGCUUCGAAUGACUAUGGAAUAUACUGUCAACAAACCUGGUAUUCCAGUGUUUCUGCGCACUGCUGUCAAUCGUGCCAUUGCCUUCAUCUCAGGAUUGGCUCCUGCAGGUGCUUAUCAGUAACCUUAAGUGUAUGUAGAUCUUAGUCUUAGAUAAAUAGAGAAUAUAAACUGGAAAUGCAGGGCAAAACAAUAUUUUUUAUUUAAUAGUAAAGGUAAAGAACAAUAUUUUCCAUAAGGAAUGGGCUGUAGAGGUUUCAUUAAAUUAUCAGAUGAACCUUUCGUUGUUCUUUAAUUAAACAUAUUGAGGACCAAUGAAAUGUGUUAUAUAACUUAUUAUCAUUUGAGAAUUAACUUUAAAUUUAUACCAUAAAUAUAGAAUAGAAAUUAUUUAAAUUAUUUUUAUUGCUAGAAAGUGGUUUUUAGUACAGUACAGUUUUAUAAAGCUGCACCAAGGUGACUUUUUCAGUUCUACAGAUGCUGAAACUUUGAUCAUGAUGUUGCUUCUUCUUGGAAUGUAAUUAUAACUUUAAAGCGAUACUAGUAAAUGUUGUAUGAAGGGGUAUUUAAAAUCUUGCCUUAUAUAUGAUGUAGUAAUAGUAUAUCCCAAAUUAACUCGUGAAGGUUGACAGGGUUACUUUUUCUCAGUAUUGUUAUAAUAUACCGUAUUAGGAUUGAAAAAAAAAUAUUCAAAUGAGGACUUGUACAAAAUAAAAUGAGGUGAAUAGUGCACAAGUUGUUGUAUACUGAUAUAUGCUGUAUAUAAAAAAACUGGUCAGCUAAAUGUGAAAACCAAGACUUAAUCAUCCCCAUUUCUAUUAGUAUAUUACUUCCCAGCAUUAUGGGAGACAUUGUAAACAGACCUUUGACCCUUCUAAAUGGAAAUGUUAAGAAAUUUAUUUUAAAAUGGUUUUAUGUUACAAGAUUAAAAAAUGGUGCCACCUCAUUAAGAGUAUCAGAUACACGUUGUAGUGUUAAUCUUGUUUUAGAUAUAAAUGGAGUACUUUUCAAAUUGAAUUACACCCUUAAUGAUUGGUUGCUCUUGUUUUAUAUCAUGUAUUGAUGGUAUUGUUUUUAAGUUAAAACUGUGUGUGUUGUGUGUGUUGUGUGUGUUGUGUGUGUUGUGUGUGUUGUGUGUGUUGUGUGUGUUGUGUGUGUUGUGUGUGUUGUGUGUGUUGUGUGUGUUGUGUGUGUGUGUGUGUGUGUGUGUGUGUGUGUGUGUGUGUGUGUGUGUGUGUGUGUGUGUGUGUGUGUGUGUGCGCGCGCGCGUACUCCUAUACAGUGGACCCCCGCUUAACAAUCACCUCCCAAUGUGACCAAUUAUGUAAGUGUAUUUAUGUAAGUGCGUUUGUACGUGUAUGUUUGGGGGUCUGAAAUGGACUAAUCUACUUCACAAUAUUCCUUAUGGGAACAAAUUCGGCACCUGAACAUACUUCUGGAAUGAAAAAAUAUCGUUAACCGGGGGUCCACUGUAUGUGGUUGCAGGAGUCGAGUUCCAGCUCCUCAGACUGUCUGUUUGCCAGAUUCGUUCCCUCCUAGCCUCAUGGGCACUGUUGUACCUGCUCUUAAAACUAUUAAUGUAUGAAGCCUGCCUCCAUCAUGGCCUCAUCAAGAAUGUGGUGGAGUGAAUCCAAACAACAACUUAACUGACUAAUCUUGGUCUGUCCAGAUUAAUUUGCAACCUUUUCUUGUCUUCUGGUUUUAUUCUUAUUACUUUUACAUCAGCAAACAGGAAUAGAUGUGACUCAAUCCUAUUUGGUAUAUCAUUCACAUUAACCAGAAGCAGUAUUGAUCCUUGCAAAACCCUACUUGUAUUCUUCCCCAUUCUGACAUUGUUCCCAAAUAAUUACUUUGUUUCCUUCCCCUAAGGUACUCUGGAGUACAUAUCCUGUUUUUCCAGAGUGCACCUCACAUUUUCACUCUGUUGUGGGGUAGAAUAUCAAAUGCCUU